AAAAAUUAUUUUGCAAUUACAUAUAGGUGACCUUCUUUGCAUGGAAUUUCUGGUAAUUUUACACUUGGGAGGUAGUAAAUCUUAUGAAAGCUGCAGAUUGGAAGAGUGAAGAAUUGACCAACAUUUUCGCAGAGCAAGAAGCGGCCAAGGCGGAGAAGUUUGUCGACGUUUUUAUAAUGUUUUGGAGAUGGGUGUACUGGCUGGCGAUGGUUUCAUUAUGUACGGCGAGCCAAUAUGACACAGGAGGUGAUAAAAAUUCCAUAACAGAUAUUGGAGACAAUGCGACAGAACGCUUGGAACCCAUCAAUGGAACACCAAACUUUAGACUAAUCAAACCGGAGAAAGCCACACAAUGGUUUCCAGAACGAGAAAUAAAACUUGAUAGUUGUGUCCGCAAAGCAAGAUGUGAAACAUUAGGCAAAAACACAUGUUUAGGUGUUAAAUUACCAUAUGAUAAAACAAGUGUGCAUCUAACAUUCUAUGAUACACAAAAUAAAAUACAAAAUCAGUUGGAAUUGUAUAGGGAAUUGAUAAAUGUACCGAAAUGUUGGGCUGUGGUACAACCGUUAUUGUGUGCCGUGUUUAUGCCUAAAUGUGAAAGAAUACUUGGACAAGACAUGGUGUAUCUUCCCUCAUAUGAAAUGUGCAAAAUAACAAUGGAGCCUUGCGCUAUUUUAUACAAUACUUCUUACUUUCCAUCAUUUUUGAGAUGCAAUACCACAAGGUUUCCUUCAAAAUGUGAUAAUACAGCUAGAGAAAUGAAGUUUAAUACAUCUGGAAAAUGUUUAUCACCUUUAAUACAUACUGAUAAAACUGUACAUUUUUAUGAAGGUAUAUCAGGAUGUGGACUACCCUGCCGUGACCCGUUGUACUCAGAGGACGAACACCAACAAAUACACAGACUGGUAGCAUGGGGUGCAGGAGUCUGCUUGGCUUUUAACCUUCUGACUGUUGCCACAUUCCUUAUUGAUUGGCGUAGUGCUAACAAGUAUCCAGCUCUUGUCAUCUUUUACAUAAAUGUGUGUUUUGCUGUUGCUUCGAUGGGUUGGCUGGUACAAUUUGGAGUUGGAUCAAGAGAUGACAUUGUAUGCUCAAAAGACGGUACCAGAAGACGUGGCGAGCCAUCCGCUGAAGAAAACCUGUCUUGUGUUGUUGUUUUUGUCUUGGUAUAUUACUUCAUGAUGGCAGCAUGCGUUUGGUUCGUUAUUUUCACAUACGCGUGGCAUAUGAGUUUUAGAGCAUUAGGUAAAAUACAAGACAGGAUAGACAAGAAGGCGGCGUAUUUCCACCUGGUGGCGUGGUCACUGCCGCUGGUGCUGACCAUCACCACGAUGGCGUUCGGCGAGGUGGACGGCAGCAGCGUCACCGGCAUCUGCUUCGUCGGCUACGUCAAUCAUCCAAUGCGAGCUGCACUACUGUUAGCUCCGCUCUCUGUUGUGUUGAUACUCGGUGGAUACUUUCUUUUACGUGGUGUGUUUUCACUGAUUGCCGUGCGCGUAUCGAGCAAGGACGUGAUCUCAGCGCGCGCCGCCAACAAGAUCCGGCAGACGAUCACGCGCUGCUCGCUCACCGCCGCGCUCGUCGCAGUCUUCAUCACCGUCACCGUCGCAUGUCACGUCUACGAGUUUAGGAACGCGCACUCCUGGAAGGAUGCUUUCAUGAAGAAUAUCAUAUGUCGGUUGGAGGCGCUGAAGGAGUCUGAAAUGGAGUGUUCAGUGGGGGCGCGGCCGUCGGUGUCGGUGUUGCAGCUGCGUCUGUUGUGCUGCUUCGCCGCCGGUGCGCUCAUGGCUUCCUGGACGUGGACCCCGGCCGCUGCAGCCGCCUGGAGACGCUACAUGGCUAGAAAGUGCGGUUGCUCGGUGGAGGCAGACGGCACGCGGCGCGCGCGCAAGGACGAGCUGAUCGCGCGCGCGUACCGGCGGCGCGGCGAGUUCGCGGCUCGCGGCAGAAUCUCCAUCUCGCUGGGGGCAUCGCGCCAGGACCCCGUCGGCCUCGGCCUCGACCGCGCACCCAUCGACUGCCACACCGACGACAAGCACGAGAGUGGUGAGCUAUCAUCAUCAUGGGCAGCCAAUCUUCCUCGCUUCGUGCGGCGACGCGACGCCCUCGUCCUGCCCGCACACACGCACCACUCGCUCAGCUCCACUCCUGACAGGCGCAACUCUCAGGACUCCCAGAUCAGCAUCAGUCUACGUCACGUCUCUGUCGAAUCACGUCGUAACUCCCUAGACAGCCAGUUAUCUGUUAAAAUAGCUGAAAUGAAGACAAAAGUCGGCAGACGACGAACAAAACAUAGUAAAGCGAAACGAAAGGCAAGAGCCGCGAACGCGCGGAAGGAAAGUACACCCUCCAUAGAGAGUCAGAUAAGUCGAUACUGGCUUCAAGCUAUGGCUGCUAAUAAUGACCCCUCCAGGGAAGAGGUCAAAUUUAGCUUUGAUUGAGUCUAAACCUAAAGUUAUGUUAGCACACCUAUACAACAAGGUAACCUGCACAAAUCUAAACAUAUUUACUAACAAUUUUUUAGAAAUUCUGUUAAGACACACAGACAGGUCCAUAAGUUGCAUUUAAACUUUCACCAUAUUAAAGGAUGGAUUUUAAUUAACAGAAUAUUGCCUUGACUUCAAAACUCCUAACACCUGGUCAAUGGCAUUUCUGCAUUAUUUUUUUUAAGAAUAUUCAAUAAUAGUACAAAUAUAAGAUUUUUAGUAUGUGCUUUCACUUCUACGGACGUUUAAUAUUGCAAAAAGUUUGACAUUUCCUAUUUUUAUUAACUAUAUAAUAUGGUAAGUUGACACAAGUUGGACUGAAAUUCUUAUUUUUACACACAAUUUUAUCCAAAUAAUAUGAAAUUACGGUUAUAUUUUUAUAAUUGAUUGAAUGUAUGAAUGAAGUAAAUGGAUUUGAAUGAGAUGAGUUUACAAGUUUCUGUGAACAUGAUUCUAAGGAGUGAAAUUUUAUAUCAUUUAAAUAUAAGUAAUGACUAAGAUUUAUCAAGUACUAAAUAUAAGUUAUUAUUAAGAGAAAAAGUUCAAAUUAAUUAUGACUUCAUAGCUUAAAACGAAUUUCCUGACUUAAAAUGCAGUUUUACCUCAUGAUCCGGCCACUAAAAAUAAUCAUAAACAACGAAAGACUGAUCAGAAUCUCAUAUUCAUGACAAACACGCAAUAAUCUAAUAUAAUUGUGCCAUAUAAAAAAUGUCUUCAAAUGUCUCGCAGUAUGCCAAACAUUAAGCUUGUUCGUAUAUUUUUUUAUAUGAAAUUUUUGAAUAUUUUUACUACGGUAUUUAUAUAUUUUUUUACGAUAAGUGACAGAUUUACUAUUUUUAAAAGGUAACACUGAACGACAAUUAGUUUUAAAGUUGUACAAAGAUUGUAGAUGGUUGUGAUAAAUAGUUUUUUGUUGUGCAAAAUGUUGUGAAAAGCAGUGUGCAGUUUUUUGCAGCUUAAGAAAUGUAUCCGUAAGUGUGAUGAUUGAAUGUUGCCCGAGUAAAAGUUGCUGUUGUACUUCAAUACGACUAAGGAAUAUGAAAGUGAAAAAAAUACUCGAUUAUAUUUUUUUAAUGACUGUACAUACGAGAAAAAACCUAACUCACUUUACUGGAUUAAAAUUGCGAUAUGAAUGUUGAGAAGCUACUUUAUAGAGUUGUGUAAAACAAUGUCGGUCACGGAGAUUGCGUAAACACAGCCUGCAAUGUUUGGAUAAUUAACUCUGCAACAUGUUGGCAAUGUUAAUUAUCGUGUGUUUUCACUGAAACACUAGGACAAAAACAUAUAGUGUUUUCUUUAUUUUUCAAAGAAAUUGAGAGGGUUUUUGUAUGUGUUACGGUAGUAGAUAUCUGCGGUGGACCCAAGUGUCUGUAAAUUGGAUAUUAUUACCUCUAAAGUCUGCGCCAGCUUUAAAUUUUGAUUUUUUUUGUGUAAUAAUAUAAUGAAUUGAUUACCAACAGUUUAGAAAUAAUA